GAAGUAUGUACUCCGCACCUGCCUGAUCUUCUCCUGCACGCUAGGAGCUGCAGGCACUUUAUCUGAGGUCUGAGAAGUCUAACCCUUAGAACAGUCCUGCAAGCUUCCCGGUGCUGCUGGUGCUGGGACUCUGGGAGCUCCCAAAUUCCCAAGACAAAGGUCCGCAAUAGUUUGGCCAGAUUUGUGACGUGAUGGGAUGAGAGAGAUCGGAGGUUAAUAUGAGGUGCAUCGUCCGAAACACUGACAAAUGCUACCGAGGACGGAUAACAUGCGCUUGGAGAGAAGGACCCCUACCGUUGCCCCUCUUUUUUGCUGGAUAAAUGGAAUUUCUAGAAAGAUGCAUAGAGAGCUCAGUGAAGGUGGGAAACGAGUCCGAGAAGAGACAUUUGGUGAGAGACCCACGCGUUCGAACGGCUGGUACGGUACCGGUCUCUGGGCAGUGGGAGGAAAUGGGCAGCGAGAAAUUGAAGUGAGGAUUUAUUCCCAAGCUCGAGGGCACGCCGCGUUCACGGUGGUGAUUCGGCGAACUUUUGAUUUGAUUCUCAUUUCCGUGCCUGGGCUUCUUUGGCAGGCAGGCCGUGGUGGAUUCGACAAAGGUCAUAGCGUAUGGCCGAGCCGCCGGUGGAGAUACGGUGAGAUUCGUUGAACAGCUAUCUCAUUGCGCCAUGUGUGAGCCUAGGGACGUUGGAACGUUGUUGUAUUCGGAACGAUGAUCUCGCUGACACUCACGGUGGUCUUGGUUGAUGUGUAGCAAACAGCAUGCGAUGGAGUGGUUGAUCGAGGUGUCGUUGA